CGGAAGUGACGCACGGUGGGGUUGCCGGAAGAAGUGGCGAAGUUACUUUUGAGGGGACUCGAGCAGCGGCGGCGUGCCAGGGGACACAGAGAAGGAGGACGAGAGGCAGAGCAAGGGGACGGAGGCAGCUCGCGCCGCCUCCGGCUGUUUCCAGGGCAACGGGAGUAGGAGACCCCGCGAGAGGACGCCCACGAGACCCUCGCGCGCAGCCAUGAGCCCCGCCCUCCACUGGUGCUCGGAGAGGGGCGUGACCUGGAGCGAGGCUGCUCCGUGACCCCACCAUGUCCACCCCCACCACGAGUUCCCAGGACUCGCCCUUGCCUGGACAUGGCCCCCCUCAGCCCAGCGCCCCCUCCUCUUCACCCGCUGUAAAGGACGAGGGUCCUGAGCCGUGGCCUGGGGGUCGGGACCCUGAUGUCCCAGGCGCUGAUGGGGCCGGGUCGGCCUGCAGUGUGGUCGCCCCCGACCCAGCCGAGGAGCCGGAGCGCAAGCGGAAGAAGGGCCCGGCCCCGAAGAUGCUGGGCCACGAGCUGUGCCUCGUGUGCGGCGACACGGCCUCCGGCUUCCACUACAACGUGCUCAGCUGUGAAGGCUGCAAGGGCUUCUUCCGGCGCAGCGUGGUCCGAGGCGCCGCUGGGCGCUACGCCUGCCGGGGUGGCGGGACCUGCCAGAUGGACGCCUUCAUGCGGCGCAAGUGCCAGCAGUGCCGGCUGCGCAAAUGCAAGGAGGCAGGCAUGCGGGAGCAGUGCGUCCUCUCCGAGGAGCAGAUCCGCAAGAAGAAGAUUCGGAAGCAGCAGCAGCAGCAGCAGCCGUCACCCAAAGGGCCGGGGGUCAGCGGCAGCUCAGCCUCUGGGCCUGGGGCCUCCCCUGGAGGGUCUGAUGGGGGCGCCCAGGGCUCCGGGGAAGGCGAGGGUGUCCAGCUAACAGCCGCUCAGGAACUGAUGAUCCAGCAGUUGGUGGCGGCCCAGCUGCAGUGCAACAAACGCUCCUUCUCCGACCAGCCCAAAGUCACGCCCUGGCCCCUGGGUGCGGACCCCCAGUCCCGUGACGCCCGCCAGCAGCGUUUCGCCCACUUCACGGAGCUGGCCAUCAUCUCGGUCCAAGAGAUUGUGGAUUUCGCCAAGCAGGUGCCCGGCUUCCUGCAGCUGGGCCGCGAGGACCAGAUCGCCCUCCUGAAGGCAUCUACCAUUGAGAUCAUGCUGCUGGAGACGGCCAGACGCUACAACCAUGAGACAGGUUGCAUCACCUUCCUGAAGGACUUCACCUAUAGCAAGGAUGAUUUCCACCGCGCAGGCCUGCAGGUGGAGUUCAUCAACCCCAUCUUCGAGUUCUCCCGGGCCAUGCAGCGGCUGGGCCUGGACGACGCCGAGUACGCCCUGCUCAUCGCCAUCAACAUCUUCUCGGCCGACCGGCCCAACGUGCAGGAGACGAGCCGCGUGGAGGCGCUGCAGCAGCCCUACGUGGAGGCCCUGCUCUCCUACACGCGCAUCAAGAGGCCACAGGACCAGCUGCGCUUCCCCCGCAUGCUGAUGAAGCUGGUGAGCCUGCGCACGCUGAGCUCCGUGCACUCGGAGCAGGUCUUCGCCCUGCGGCUCCAGGACAAGAAGCUGCCGCCGCUGCUCUCCGAGAUCUGGGACGUCCACGAGUGAGGGGCCCGGCCAGCCCGCCCCCCGGCCCCGCACCCUCCAACCAACGGACACUGGCGCCCCUUCCUCCUCCUGGGGCCGGACGGGGCCAGGGUCGGACCUGGGGGCCCGCCUCGUGGCUUAGAGCCCACACCCCGGCCCCGCCAGCCCUCAGCCCUCAGGAUGAGCCCCGUCGAGGUCCAGGAGGUUCCCCUCGGCCACUGAGUCUUCCUGGGAGGGGGGCAUGGGUCACAGGGCCCGACCUCUGACCUCUCCAAGCACUCCGCACCCAGCUUCCACCUCAAGCCCACCUCAAGCGCAAAGCACCUUGACCAGAGGGAGGGGAGGGCCCGUGGCUCUCCCCCACAGCCUGAGACCGCAGGCCCCCCUCUCCCUCCUUUUAUUUAAUAAAAACUAAAAAACCCACAAAAACAGGAAAAUAAAAUAUGAAUAGAAAG